AUGUCUUCAAAAUUUCAGAAAUUGAUUUUUUGUUUAUACUUCCUGUGCUUCGCUCUGACCAUCGUUGAUGCUGUCACCAUAACUCUUCAAGAUUGCCUGAAGCAAGUUCAAGGGAAAAAGGUAUUUCCCAAUGACGCCGAAUAUUCUCAAGAUAUCAUUGACGAGAAUACACGUAUCUCCUAUGAUCCCGCUGCAAUAGUCUACGCCUCCUCAACUAACGACGUUCAAAUAUCAGUAAAAUGCGCUACCACCUUGAAAAUUGGAGUUACGGCAAGAUCGGGUGGUCAUUCGUAUGAGAACUAUUGCCUAGGCGGUAGAAAUGGGAUUUUAGUGGUGGACAUGACAGACUUAAAUAACAUUAACAUUGAUUCCAAGAAAAAGACUGCAGUCAUCGGCGCAGGAAAUAGGUUAGGUACUAUAUAUAACACCUUAAGUAAAUCGGGAUUUUUAAUACCUGCCGGAAGUUGCCCCAGUGUUGGCAUGGGCGGGCAUAGUUUGGGUGGGGGUUACGGAUUAUAUGGACGAAAAUUUGGCUUGGCAUCAGAUAACAUAUUAUCGAUCGACAUGGUAAACGCAAACGGAGAUCUAAUAACGGCCAACGCUAACAAGAACUCGGAUUUAUUUUUUGCUCUUCGUGGCGCCGGGGGCGGAAGUUAUGGAAUUGUUACGGAAAUAACAUUUAAGCUCUCACCUACUCCCUCCACGGUCACCUCUUUCAGUUUCGACUAUGAGCUAUCUAACAUUCAAUCAGCUUUUAAUGCACUCAAUCGACUCGGUUCAGGUAUCCCAGCCGAGGUAACGAUGUCAUUGUCGAUCUCUCAAAAUACUGCACAGAUUGUCGGUGUUUACCUUGGACCAAGUGCGUCAGCUAGAUCUGUCCUAGCAAAUUUUAUAAAGUCAUCGAGUCCUACGGGUACGCAAUUUUUCGAAGAAUCAUUCUUCUCAAGUGUCGUCCGAUGGGGAUAUCAAGGUGUCCAGGGGACGAUAAACCCCACUCAUCAUCCAAAUAGUUUUAAAGCAAAAUCAUUUUUCGUGGGAUCACCUGGGCUUACUAGUGCGGGAGUAAAGGCCCUCACCAACUUUAUCAGCACGAUACAAUGUUCGACCUUUGCCGAAACUGAUUUAAUUGGAGGCGGAGCCGUGAAUUCGAUUGCUGCCAACGAAACGGCGUUUGUACACCGAGACUCUCUGUACAUGAUACAAUUAUACACCACACUGACAGGUGAUGAAUCCACCGACAAGACGUGUCUGAGCAAGCUUGCGUCAUUUGGUGUUAGUUUUCAGCAAAAGUUCACCAGCUUUUUUAGUUAUCAAAAUUAUAUUGAUCGGGAUUUAAAAGAUUGGCAACAUAGAUAUUACGGAUCAAAUUUCGGAAAACUGGUUAAUGUGAAGAAUAAAUAUGAUCCGAAGAAUGUAUUCAACUUCCCUCAGAGUAUUCCCUUGAGUGCCAGUUAA